AUGGUUUCAGUAGAGCAAAAGACCGCCAACGAGCUCCAGGCGAACUGGAUAUGGAUCCCCAGGUGGAUUGAUUCCUCGGACACCAAUACAGCGGGGAAGAUCAUCAAUUUCACCCGCACCGUCAAUCUACCUUUGCGACCGACCAGAUCAUUAUUGCAUUUCUCUGCCGACACACGAUACAAACUCUAUGUUAAUGGAAAACAUGUUGCUGUCGGCCCGAGCAGAAGCAGUCCCUUGAUCUGGUAUUACGAUACACUGGAUAUCGCGCCUUACUUGAAAGAGGGUCAAAAUGAUAUACGUUUCGUGGUGGUUCGGUACUUCGCGGCCUUGCGGAGCGCGAUGCCUUUUGAGCGCACAGCUCUACCGGGCUUGACAGUCGUUGGAAAGAUCGAGGCGGGCUCUGAGACCGUCGAUCUUAGCUCCUCCAACGGCUGGACUGCAUUUGUUGACGAGAGUGUUCAAUUCCCAAUGGGAUUGGCCGAUGAUGUGUUUCUUCAUAUUAGCGAGCGCAUUGCCCCAACGAAGCUCCGCCCUACAAUGAUUCCAGUUGCAUAUAAUAUGAGGACACUCAAUGGGGACAUUCCGCCCUGGCAUUUGCAUGCGCGUGUGAUUCCAAUGCCCGAAUCUACUCCGGCUGUUGUAAACACCGUCAGAGCCUGCCAGAGUGGCAUCGAUGCGAGUCAUUGGGCCGCGUUCCUGAGUGGGAAAUGCCCUUUAGCACUUUCCGAGAACUCAACCCACAAACUUGAGAUACAAGCCGAUUUUCACUCAACCGCGUUCCUCCGAUGGGCUUUCAAAGCAGUUGGCGGUUCUUCUCAAAUCACACUGAAAGUGACAUACUCCGAGGGCUAUGAACUUGAACCUCGCUCAUACCCCUUCUUCCGAUCUAAAGCCGACCGCCUGGAUGCAAGUGUUGGUCAUAUCAUAGGCCCGUAUGACGAGGUGACACUCGAUCUCCCCAAUUCACAGGUUGUUGUUUAUGAGCCGUUCUGGUUUCGGACGUUCCGUCUUCUGCGGGUGGAAAUUAACAUCGGACCCGAGCCGAUUGAGCUCCUGUCUUUUGACGCUACUCAAGUCAACUAUCCUAUGGCCGUCAAAGCCAGCUGGAAAGAACCCGAAAAUGAGUAUAGCGGGCAGAUUUGGGAUGUCUCGAUUCGGACAAUGCGAAAUUGCAUGUUCGACGGGUAUUCUGACUGCCCCUUCUACGAGCAACUCCAAUACUCCGGGGAUAGUCGAUCGGUCGGAUUAUUCCACUACCUUCUAUCCGGCGAUGACCGCCUGAUGCGACAGGCUAUCACAAACUUCGCGGCCUCAGUAACUCCGCUGGGCCUCACACAGUCUCGAUUCCCAUCCCAUGUACCGCAAGUCAUCGCCGGAUUCUCCCUUUACUGGGUUCUGCAAGUCUGCGACCACCACCUGUACUUCAACGACACACCGUACGCACGGAGUUUCAUCCCACGCAUUGACGGCGUGCUCGACUUCUUCGAGGCGCAUAUCGAUGAACUAGGACUUGUCAGUGGCCUGCCCGAGGUUGUUUGGCAGUACGUCGACUGGGUAACAACCUGGGGAGCGACGGACGAGCACCCAGACAAGGGCGUUCCAACUUCCGGCCGGAAAUCCAACCGACACACCUACUUCAGCCUUUUGUAUGGGUAUGUUCUGCAGAAGACUGCUCGCCUAGUGCGUGAGCUUGGCAGACCGGGUCAUGCAGUGGAAUACGAGACGCGGGCUGCUUCGGUUCUGAAGGCUGUCCGCGCUCAUUGUUGGGAUGGGGAGUUCUUCACUGAUUCCACUGCCGACAUUGCCGACGAACAAGCCUAUUCACAGCAUUGUCAGGUUUUUGCUACUCUUGCUGGGGUGGUGGAAACGCCGGAGGCUGCACGAAUUUUGACCACUUCACUCACAAACCCCCGAUUCUCGAAAUGUUCCUACAUGAUGCGCUUCUACGCAUUUAGGGCGCUUGCGUUGGCUGGUGCUGGGGUGUAUGAAUCGUUUUGGGAGAGCAUGUGGGCUCCUUGGCGCGGAAUGCUAGCGAAUAAUCUUUCCACUUGGGAGGAGGACGAUGUGAGGCAGCGCUCGGAUUGUCAUGCCUGGGGCAGUGUGCCAAUCUAUGAGUACUGCACUGAGGUGGCUGGCUUCCAACCCCUAGAACCGGGCUGGUCAAAGGUACUGUUUAAGCCGCGCUUGAGCUUGGCUAAGACCUUGGAGGUGAGUGUGGCUUUGGGUAGUGAUAAUCUUGCCACGGUCUCAUGGGCAUCUGGCCAAGGAAACCAAAGGUCUGUUGAGCUCAGACUUAACAAGGCUGUUGAAGUUGUUGUCCAGUACCCAUCGGGCGAAAGAGAAAGCUAUGGUAUUGUAGAUCAUGUUAAAUUUAGCAGAUAG